AUGUCUCAUCCUCUAAGUAAUUAUACGUUUGACAGUUUUUCAAAAUCUUCAUCAUUGUCAUCCACAACCACACCUCAAAAUUUUCACACUUCCGAACAACAACAUGAUCGACAUUCUCUCACACACGAUCGAGGGAAUCGUUCAAUGGAAGAAAAUCUUCCACAAUUUCAUGAACAUCAACAAGAUGAAAUGUUUUCCAGUGAUCAUGAAAAUCCAUUUCGAAUUGAUCCUGAAAAUUUAAAUUUUGAAAAAACGGAUUUGCAAAUGGCAAAGUCAGACAAUGACACGGAUGGAAUUCAUGUGUUGGAAGAUGGUCACACUCCAAAUGUCAUUCAUUUUGAAGAAGAAAUGGAAACACCAGCAUUGGAAGAAUAUGAAAUUCAACAACAAGAACCACAACCAACUCCACAGCAACGAACCAUGAGAACGACGGAAGAAUCGUUAUCAUGGAAAGAUCGAUUUUUUAAGGUAUUUAAGAAAGCUCCUUCACGUCCUUCUUCUUCAUCAUUAGUCGCUGAAAAUCAUUUCACUUCACCACCAAUGACAACACAAACCACAAAAAUUCCAAAAAAAACAGUGGGAUGGGAAUCUUCUCAAGAUCAAGUGCUUCCAAGAUUUUCUAAAAUUGCGAGAAUAUUGCAUUCCGCACCUUCUCAUUACAGUAGUGGAAGAGGACAUAUUUCACACAGAAAACACAAAAUUUCUGGUUCUAUAUGGUUUAAAUGCAUUCACGGACUCUUUAAAGUCUCCACUUUAAUUUUACUUUAUAUGGAAAUUGUGUAUUUGAUUUUAUUCAUCGUGGCUCUUGUUCACAGUUUGCAAAAUAAGGGAUUUUUUGCAGGAGGAAAUUCCCUUAAUGUCUUGUGGUUAAGCUUGAUAUUCAUGAUAUUGAAUGCACUUUUUAUUUGGGAUUCCUUUGGAGAUUAUUUCAUGUUGUAUUGUUUUUUUGUGUGUUGUCGAAACAAGUACUUGAAACGAAUGGAACAGAGUGAGAGGAAAAUGUUACAGACUCAACAAACAACAACAACAACAGGAGGAGGACCUUCUUUUCUUCGACAUGAACCACAACCUCAACAACCAUUGACACAACAAGAGAGAGGAGUGUUAAAUUCUCCAUUUCCAGAUCAACCUUCAACUACAUCUCAACCACAGAUUCAAAUUUCACAACAACAACAAUUACGUCGUCAACAAUUUCAUCACAAACAUCACCCUAAAUAUUAUUCUCCCUUAAUGUAUUAUGAAUGGAAAUUGAUUUGGUUCAUUUUAACAUUAAUCACGUGCUCAGCUUGUUUGAUAUUAAUUGUAAUGAUUUAUGUCUGUGACGCCUUUUUAGGAAAUGAUCGAGUGUCGGGAUGGUUUGCGUUUUGUUUUUUAGCUUCCUUAAUGGCUUACUUUUUCAUUUCAUGGCAUGAAUUUAUAUUGGCGCGACACGAUCAUGAGUAUACUCAAAAGAAAUUGGUGAAACGUCGCUUGCUGUUUGUGAAAUGGGAUUGGUGGACUUGUGUGAAAUUUUUAUCGAAAAUUGGUUUACUUUUCGGAAUGUGGCUCGUCAUUGGAAGUAUUUUCAUUCUGGUCACGAUACAAGCAGUGUUUACAGCUAAAACUCUUUCGUACAUUGAUUUAAGCGGAGGAGCUGCACAAAUGGUGACCAUCAAACCUCCAAAAAGUUCUCGUUUUCAACUUCAUUUGUAUUGUGAAGGACCGAAAGCGAGUGACGAUAUCAUACUACUCGAUGCUGAUAUUGGAAUUGCAUGUCCCAAAUGUUAUUUCCAACCAUUCGUUGAACUUUUAGCUACAAACGGCAUGAGAGUCUGUGUACUAGAACGGGCAGGUUAUGGAUUUUCAUAUUCGGGUCCAUUUCCUCGAAAUUUAGGAAAUGAAACAGCUGCCGAAGUGGCUGCCUUGAUGCGUGAAACAUUUUUGGGGCAAACUGUGGUCAUGAUUUCACAUUCGAGUGCUACCUUUACCGCUCGAACUCUAUUACAGUAUUAUCCCAAAUUGUUACGAGCUGUCAUAUUAUUACAUCCAGCUCAUGAAAGACUUGAAGAACGAGUUGGAAUUUUGAAAAUUUAUAACCAACAAGAAAGAUUGAAACAGAAAAAAGAAGAAUUUCUAAAUCAAUUGAACACAUUGAGAUUUCAAUCGGCUCUUGGUUUGACACUCUUUCCAGGAGUUUUGAAACCAUUGCACUCAAAGUAUGAAGAACUCUUAGAACGUUAUUAUUUAGGAGGAGUGAAAUCAUAUGUCUUGUCAUUUCCAGAAUUUAAACCCAACUCGAACAUCACCGUUCAAUACGCGUCCGUAUUACGUCUCACGAAUUUUAUUGAUGCUGUUUGGAGUGAAAUGUCACAAAUGCCUCUCGUGUUUGAAUUCAUGAAACAAUUAAGGACGAGUGACAAAUUUUUCCAUACACGAAAUGAAACUCCACACCCUGUCAAUGCCACACGAAUCGUUCGACAUCAUGCUCCAAUUCCUUUUCUCAUUUUGACCUCUCGAUUUCUCAUGAAUGGAACUUGUGAAGAAAAUAGAAUUUUGAUGAUGAAUAAUUUCGCAACAAGGAAUGAAACUCAUGAUGAAGUGUUGUGUGAACAUUGGAAAGAACAUGUUUCAUUAUAUGCUCAAUUAUUUAGAGAAUUACAUGGAGACUUGUUUGAAUAUUAUGCAUCUCCGAAAACGAAAUGGGAAUUUAUUGAGGCUGACUAUGACAUGGCAUUGACACAUCCAUUUUUAUUGAUGCCUUAUGUGAAGCAAGCUUUGGAAUUAUCAAAAUCUUAG